AUGCCUCACGCCCUGACAGGCGGGCCAGGAUACAAAGCGAACCCAACAUACGACGAGUUCCUGCGCAAACACAGCGCAGUGUACCGACGCCACAGUGCGGCGUCGAACGCGAUGGAUGGCGACCGCCGAGCGUCGCAGGCUGCAUUGGACGAGCACGCCGCCGCCGCCGCACAGGCCGUACAAAACGUCGAGGCGGGCCGGCGAGGCUCGCUGACGGUUGCCGGAGGAGGAGCUGCCACCGCGAACUCGAGAAAGGGCAGCGUCGCAGUCGCCAGCGACGUGACGCGCAAGGACAGCAUUUUCGGCCUCGAGUCCACGGCUGGCACGAGGAUGAGCGAGGAGCGUCGGCCCAGCACUUCGCUUGCUAGUGACUUGCUUCACAAAAUCAAGGGCGACCAUCACAAGUGA